UCAGGAUCCGGCCCCAAACGCCACGUGAGAUCAUUGACAUGUGUCACGUGUGCACAACUGUCACUCCCGGUGAGCCUCAAGUCACGCUUGGGAAUGACAAGGCGUUCACCUACAAUUACGUCUUUGACACGGAGUCCAGUCAGACUGAAGUUUAUGAUACAUGUGUGUCAUCUCUAGUCGAAUCUUCCCUUGAAGGGUACAAUGCCACUGUCCUUGCCUACGGUCAAACUGGUUCCGGCAAAACGUAUACCAUGGGUUCGGGUUUCGAUGUGGAAGUAAAGGAGGAACAGAAGGGCAUCAUUCCAAGAGCGAUCCGCCAGCUAUUCGACGGUAUGCAUUCCAGAAUUGAGAAAGCACGAGAGUGCGGUUCGAUACCGCCAGAAUUCAAGGUCAUGGUGCAGUUCAUGGAGCUGUACAAUGAAGAAGUUAUUGAUCUGUUCAACCCUGCAUACAGCAAAGAUAAACCAUACAAGAUUCACGAAGACCCAUACGGGGGUAUUCAAGUGAAGGGAGUGACAUUUAAAACUGUGAUAUCUGCAGAGGAAGCUUUGCAAUGCUUGAGACUAGGUGCCCUUUCCCGUACGACCGCCAGUACCCAAAUGAACACCCAAUCGUCGCGUUCUCAUGCUAUAUUCACAUUACACAUCAAACAACAAAAAAUGGUAACGUCCGAAGAUGAAACGUCGAACGAUUUCGAAACCUUCCACGCAAAAUUCCACUUUGUAGACCUGGCUGGUUCGGAAAGACUAAAACGGACUAUGGCAACUGGAGAGAGGCAAAAGGAAGGCAUUUCCAUCAAUUGUGGCCUACUAGCUUUAGGAAAUGUGAUAUCAGCUUUAGGUGAUAAGUCGAAAAGGGCAUUACAUAUACCGUAUAGAGAUUCUAAACUGACUAGGCUGCUUCAGGAUAGUCUAGGCGGUAAUAGUCAAACUGUGAUGAUUGCUUGUGUUAGUCCCAGUGACAGAGACUUCAUGGAGACGUUAAAUACGCUAAAGUACGCGAACAGAGCUAGAAACAUCAAGAACAAGGUGUUCGUCAAUCAAGACAAGAGUUCAAAAACUAUAGCGCAGCUAAAACAACAAAUCGCUCAGCUGCAAUUAGAGUUAGUCGAGUAUAAACAGGGUAAAAGAAUAGUGAGAGAAGAUGGAUCGGAGACAGUCAAUGACAUGUUCUAUGAAAAUGGUAUGCUUCAGAGUGAGAUAAGCAAUCUGCGUACUAGAGUUAAGGCGCUGCAAGAAACUAUCGAUGCACUUACUAUUAAGAAUACGGAUCUAUUAGUAGAGAAGGCAGCUGGAAACUGGAUAUCCACCCCUGGUGCUGAUAAUGAUGUAACUUAUCUCGUCCAAAACUACCUCAAAGAAAUCGAAGAACUUCGAGCUAAACUCAUAGAAUCAAACAACACCUGCGAACAACUGAGAAAACAACUGUCAAGACGAACCAUCAGUCGAAAUAAUACAUCGCUAGAUAUGCCUAUAGAAGAAGACGUUUUACUUCUCGAGAAAGCCAAGCAAGACUUACAAAAAGAAAAAGAAGAGCUCACCAGAAGGGCUUUAGAACACGAAAAUGACAGCGAUGCGGAGAGCAUUCACGAUUCAGAAAGUGAGAGUGAUGAAAAAGACGCGCAUAACGAACUAAAAGACGAACUAAUCACUCUAACAAAUGACAUUGACAUGAAACAAAAACUAAUAGAUCAACUAGAACAAUCUCAAAGAAGAAUGCAUAUGAUGAGGCAACAUUACGAAGACAAGCUUAUGCAAUUACAAAUCAAGAUCCAAACUACCCAAGAAGAACGUGAUAAGAUAUUGCAUUCGUAUAGCGCGAGAUCUGAACCAUCAGAAAAAACUAAGAAGAUCAAAGAUGAAUACACGAAAAAAAUAUCGCUGAUGCAAAAGGAACUUAAAAAGCUGCAGUCUGCACAGAAAGAGCACGCGAGGCUGGUAAAAAGCCAAAGUCAAUAUGAAAACCAAUUGAAGUCCUAUAAAAACGAAGUCCUCGAAAUGAAAAGAGCGAAAGUGCGAUUGAUCAACAAAAUGAAAGAAGAAUCACAAAAGCACAAGGAAGCCGAGAUGAAACGAUUGAGGGAAAUAGCGCAACUUCGCAAAGAGUCCAGGAAAAAUGCCAACGUCAUCAAAACAAUGCAGAACGAAAGGAAAAUCAAAGACCAAGUGUUGAAACGUAAACAAGAAGAAGUAUCAGUAUUAAGGAAGAAUCAGCGAGGACGUCUGCUAAGUAUGAAAGCAUCAGGGAGGAUCAAUAACGGUUUUUCAGAGAGGGUAGCUAAACAGAAGUGGAUGAAGGUCGAGAAGGCAAUAAAUAAUAUUGCCUUGAGCAAGAAGGGAUUGGUGGAACAAGAAGUGAGGAUGGAGCAUUUUCUGGAGAAAAGAGAAGUGUUAGGUAAGGAAUUGGAUGCGUUGGAACAAAGGCGGAAAGAGGCAGUCCACAAAGGGCAGGACACAACACAACUAGACAGCUACAUAGAAGAUGUGAAAGAAAACAUAAACUUCGUACAGGAAACCAUCAGCGAAACGCAACAUAACGUCAUGGAAAUUGAAGAAUCAGAAGACACCAAUGAAAAUAGUGAUUUGCAACAAAUCAUUUCAACAAUAUUCGACAUCGAUGAGGCAAAAUAUGUGAUAGAUAAGCUGUAUAAUAUGACGCUAAGUCAAAGUCAUGCGGUUGCCCAAAGAGAAGCGAAACUGAAGGAGAAUGAGGCCACCCUGCAAGAGUUACAACAAGAGAACCACGUUAAAGGCCAAUUAUUAGACCACGUACUUCAUAACGAGAUUCCAAUAUUUUCUAAGGAUCUCAUCAAUAGUAUUUCAAGUAAUACAAACGAAACUACGAGCUCCAAUUCUUCGAGGUCUUCAUCUCCGGCCCCAUUAGAAAGGCAUUUGUCUAUCACCGAAACUAGCACGCCACAAGGUGCGACGAGUAGGUCAAAAAUCAGAAGGCGAACUGCACCUCAACCAGCCGAGAUGCUUUUUGGUCUUCACACCCCUGAAAUGACCCAGUCUCACACCCCGACCAGCUUAAGGUUGGACCAUCACAGACUGCAAAGGGUGCCCAGUGUUCCAGGAACUUUAAGGCUGAAUUCUUGAUGGUGUAUGAAACUUCAUCCACUGCCGAAAGUUGUGUCAAGAAACACGAAGUAGGAAAAAUCUGUUUUUGUAAAUCUAGUAUUGUUUGUUGUGAAUACUAAAACGUUAUUUGUUAUUGUUAGCUAAAAUUGGUAAUAGUUGUCUGUUAGAAUUACAUUGUCUUUGAGUAGUCGUAUGUUGACAAAAUUGCUUUCAGUGAUACAUUAUAUAGGGUGAUUCAGCACACAACGGUAAUGUUUCUAAAGCAGAAAGUACAUUAAAAAAACAUAAAAAGUUCCAAAAACAUAUGUUCUAAAAUGUUCCGUGAUACAGCCUGUUGUUAGUGAUGAGACUGAAUAAAGACAAAACAUGAAUAUUGUUCAAAUUAGGUGGAAUUACUCUCCUAAUACGCUACAUAAAAUUUCAGCAUAUUUUCACAGUGGAAUGGAUUGGAGUUUUUUAUAAGGGUUUUACCCUUUUUUCUCUAAAAGUAUAAUUAACUUAAUUCAAAAAUCCAGUAGGUAUUUUAAAAAGUUAAUAGCAUUGAAUAUAAUGUUUUUCUUUCUUCUGCAGAGGGACCAAAAUUUCCCGAUUUCUACGUCACAAGAAUGUGGCGUUUUUGUACGAUAUUUUUUAUUUUUUAUUACUAUGUCGACUGGACUAUCGCGAUGGCGGUCGAUGAUUCUCGGCGUGUAGCGGUAGCGUAAUUCUGGUUGCCUAAGCGUCGAGGUUACUCAAAGUUCUAGUUACGAGGGCUUUAGACUAUAUGCGUGCGUCCACAAAAUUACGAAACUAUGAAAAUCUCUCACAGCUAUGUUUCUUCCCUCUGCAUUAAUUAGAAAUCUACCUUGAAGAUAUUAGUGUUUCAUAGAUGAUGUAUCCCAGUAAGGGGACAUUUUAGAACCGAUGUUUAUACUUAUAUGUCACCUUUGGAUCUUCUUUCUUUUUCUAAAGCAUUGCCAUUGCAUCACCCUGUAUAUCGGACUAAUUUGCCAAAAAUAGUGGACUCUGUUGUAGAAAAAAUGUAAAGACGAAUUGAUAACGGAAUUAUAUUUUUUAGUGCUCUGAUCUAGAGAGAUACAUUUUUGUAUUGAACGUCGAAGUUUGAAAAAACACUUCGCAUGAUGUUCAAAAAAUGUAAUUCCAUUUCAAAAUCAGUGCGACGUAAUACAAAGGGUUUUUGGCAAGCAAGAAUUUCAAACAGUAUCACGUUAAGGACAGUUUGCAACUAUUUAAAUACAUUAGAAGUUUGGAGCAAACAAUUAUUUAUUACUUAUAAAACGUUUGCAACAAACUAAACAAGUAUUAAAUAGUUUUAAUUUUUGAUAUAAUAAAGUAUACUUCUGCAACAUUAGAAACAAAUAGAAACGUAAAUACAUAUACCUCAAGUCGCCAAUAAAGUGAUUGCUUUAUGUAUUCAAGAAUGUAGAUUAUAUAUACAAGUUUGGGCAGUAUUAAUUAUAGUAAAAACAAGAUUUGUAAUUAUAGAGAUUUACGAAAACCUUGACAUUCAAGGUCAAACCCAAGGUCACUGGUCGCUUGCUGAAUUGAGUGUUCAAGAAAAUGAUUUGACCCUGAAGUCCAACGUCAACUUACUAUUAAAGAAAUCUUGUACGUAGAAGUUUUUUUAGAAUAAUUAAUAUUGUUCCCCGAUUUUUAUAAAAGUCCAUAUUUGUUACAUACAACGCCUCUAGAUUAUCUUGUUAGUAUUCGAGAGUACUGAUUAACAUAAGAGUCCAUGAUUAUAAUCAAAUGAUAGUUGCCAAAUUUAGAAGAAUACUAGCUAAAACUGACUAAUUUAUCAUGUUUAUUGAUAACGUCAAAUAUUACAAUAUUUUAUUAAAUUUUAAUUGUACAGUUGUUGUUUCGAAUUGAAAAUAGUGUUACGCAUUUGGCUUAGAACGUUAAAAAAACGCUAUAAUUAUCUUCUGAAGCUUGACUUCAAAUAAUGUUGAAUUUUCAAUUUAUAUAGCAGCAGUAUUCUAAAUCCUUUUCAUCUGAUAUUUUCAUGGUGUGUAUAGAGAUGACUAAAAAACAAUGUUUUAAUUUUUUUUGUCAAAAAAUGCAUUUUAUUGUGCAUUAUUUCUUCAGUCGGAAUUUGUUAACAAACAUAAGUACCGCUCUGAAAUUAUGUGGGAAUAUUCCUCUUUUAUGGAAGAAUGAAACGAGUUAUUACUUUUGUUCUUAUCACUUUUCCUUUCCGAAAAAUCUUCGAUUUUCUUGAAGCCUCGCGCGUUUUCAAGAAAGGCAAAGAUUUUUCGAAAAGGAAAAAUGAUCAGAACAAAAGUAAUGACUUGUUUCAUCCUUCCAUAAAAGAGGAAUAUUCACACACAAUUUCAGAGCUGUAUUCAUGUUUAUUAACAAGUUCCGAUUGAAGAAAAAAUGCAUAUAAGAAUGAAAACAUUGUUUUUUAGUCAUCUGUAUACACACCAUAAAAUUAUCAUAUGAAAAGGAUUCAGAAUACAGAAAGUUGAAACAAAUCAAAAAAGGGACGUGCCACCUUAAACGAUUCAAGGCAAAAACUUGUCCCAGUGAUUUGGUAAUAAAUUAAUUUGGCAAUAAUUUAAUAUCAACAAAACUUAGAAUAUAUUGCUUUGAAAAUAAGACAAUGAAAAAUGUUUGACAAUAUUCGCCGUGGAAGGUACUUUUUACAGGAAUAUUUAGCAUGUUUCAAAUCAGUUAGGGAAUUGUCCACAAACGGCAAUAUAAUGCAACCUCAAGACGGUUUGAGGUUUUUGUAAGAAAAGAUGACUAAGCAUUGAUAUACUAUUUAGAUAGAAAUGUAUGAAAACAGGUGUUUUAACACGAUACUGUAAAUGGAAAAAUAGAAAUACAGGAUGUGCCAUUUGUAAAGAACGUUGGCUGUAUUCAAUUACUAUAAGACUAAAUAUAAGAUAAAAAUAUGUAGGGGGUUCGAAAAAUUCCCGAUCCAUCCACUAUCCCAGAAAGUACUGCUCAAAAAUUUAAUUGUGUUAAUCGUUGUCUCAAAAGUCUAGAAGUUCUAUCCUGACCUUUUUUAUUUGGGCAGUAUUUCCUGAGAUAGUGAAAGGGGCCGGUAACUUUUCGAACAUCCUGUAUAUGAAUCUACAAAGUUUUCUCAAAGGUGGGAACUCCUUCCCUUUCAAAGACAAAUACUUUUGAAAGAACGUUAUACUCGUUUUACAUUGACAACAAAUCCAUGGUUGUCUACAUGAGUUGAAUUUAUGGUAAAAUUUCAAAUGUAUAAAACAGGAAUUUGACGUCAAAUAAAUUCAUGAACUUACUUCUUCUGUAUGCAGCUAAUUUCAGUUCUUCGGUAUUCGCCAAAAGUAAAGUAUUUUGUUUGUAUGAUCUCAAAAAACGUAGGGUACUGUUGCGUCUUGUAGAACUUCGAAUUUCGCUGUAUUCUCACUUGAAACUUAGGUAGUCCGAUAGAUCAUUUUAAAUGAAAAAAAGUGUGGAUGAAGCACGCUUGUCUAGAACAUUUUUUCCCAAAACACUGUAUUUUUAGCAGUUAUUUUCAUCAUUAUUUCCAUCGCCAUCGGCCAUAUGACGUUGAAGUCUGUGCAUAUGUCAUGUAUGAGAGGCGCUUGCCUGCGGUGUUGCCGGAUUGGGCUCCGCUUUUAGGGAAAAACAUGAAAAGUGGAAAAUUUAUAAUACAUAUAUUAAUUAAUGAAACACAAAAACGAAAAACUGAAACAAACAACAGUAGCAAAAUAAAAAGCGAUUCUUAAUAAGUAUAAAACAAAAAAUAACGAUAGUAAGCUAAAAAACAAUAAAUUGUACAAAAAUAAAAAGUAGUAAAACAAAAAAAAACUUCCAUAUAAUUAUAAAUAACAAAUAAAAUAUAUACAUAUAUAGAUUUUCCACAUUUCAUUUUCCCAAUCCGGCAACACCGCAGGCAAGCGCCUCUCAUGUAUGACAUAUGCACAGACGUCAACGUCAUCAUAUGGCAGAUGGCGGUGUAAAUAAUGGUAGAAAUGACUGCUAAAAAUACGUCUUUUGGGGAAAAAAUGCAUGAAAAGCGUGCUUCAUCCACACUUUUUUUAUUUAAAAUAAUCCAUCAGACUACCCUCUAGGAGUUUCAAGUGAAAAAACAGUGAAAUCCGAAGUUCUACAAGACGCAACAGUACCACUCCCCACUAAAAUUAUUAUUAAGGUAUCACUCAAAACCAUGAAAUAAAAUGAAAAUAAAAAUAAUCAGUGAAAUAACCUAACUUGCAAAAUCAUAAUAUACAUUUGUUGUCAUUAUGUCCCUGACAUCGUGAUUUUAUCAUCGACGUACGUCCAUUCGGCACAAUUUAUGAUAUGACCUAAUAGUCAUCUUUCGUGAUUUUGACUAUGGCCAAUUAUCUUAGAAGACGUGGUUAGAAAUUAGUCGCCUGUCAUCAAGUCUCAUUACAUGAUUCUGUAAUGAUGAAGGCGUUCUAAAAAUAAAGUUACACAGUAUUCCAGGUGUAAAAUUUGAUCUGUCAAUCUAUAUUCCAUUAAACAGUGUACGGUAUUACAUUAGCGAGCGAUUUACAAACGCACCCGAAACAUUAAUCAUGAUGACCUUAAGCAAAUCCAUCUGCAUAACUUCGUGAAGAAAUUGUUGAUGCAAAACGGGUAUUAGAAAAUUUUAAGGUACCUAGUUGGUUACUGUAUAUUUCUUACCGUGUCAGCCCAAGCAUCCAAGCAGCAGAUUUAUUGGAAAACUCUGACCACAAUCGUAUCCGAAGUCCCAAUGCCCGUGAACGUUGAUUUGUCACUGCCGAAUACUUUUUCGCGAGAACCACUCUCAAAAACGGAUGAUUCUGAAGUUACACACGAAAUACACUGACAAAGCCCAUUCUUUAGCGGGUGUGACAACAAUUCACGAGGUCCACUGCACUAUUUUUUCAAAUAUUUAAAUGUAAACAAACAAGACGCUGUGCCGGCCGAAAACUGCUAGGUAGCGUCUACGUGACAUGCGUGUGCUUAGUUCAGCAAGUAUUCCAAGAAAAAUCAUACAAUUGAGAACAGAGUCGCACUAAGCACUAAGCGGCUAAUUUUUUUUUGUCGCUUCGUUAUAACUAACAUUCUGUUACUUGGAUAAUUUUUUGAUUUCAAUGAAUACUGACGGUCCCAAUUUUGAUAGCACCGUGUACACGGCGUCCCCCACUUAUUUUUUGAACGAGUUGGAGCAUUUUUAACGGGGUCGGUGGUUAUUUUAGAGACAGAUCUCACGCCACAUUCCACUAAAAAAAUGUUGCAAGAUGGCGCCCAGCCGCCAUUUUGAAAUUCUGUUCAAUUUCAUUACCCCAAAUUUCAUCUUGCCAGCCUGACCCGUUCAAAAAAUGAGUAGAGAGUUGGCCUAUUUGGAGAGCACUGCAUAGAAAAAGUAGUUUUUUAAAAAAUGACGCAGAAUUUUCUGGUUAUAAUUACGUCUCUUGGUGAUUUAGUGAUCUCAAGAGAUUGAAAAUAUUUCCCAGCUACAUUCAUAACAUAUUUUUGUCUGAUAUAGUCGUAGAUUUGUGAGAUACAAACAGCGGUCUUAAUUAAUGAGCCAUCCUGUGUUAUAUUCGGAGAAACAGUUUGGACUUAGUGGAUCAUAGGGCCUUCAAACAGCAAAAAAGUAUGGCAGAAUUAAUAACUACUAGUGAUAACUUCCAUAACGACGAAGUUGAUUUUGUACUAAAAUUUACUUUCACAAUAGUAGCUGAUGUAGAAUAAUUACUUUGUCUGCUAUUUGAAUGGCUCCAGAAUAUGAUUAGGCUAUAUUAAGUAAUGAGGUACUGAGAUAACGUAUUAGAGCCUAACAAAACAGGGAUACAUGUACGAUAUUUUGACAGAGUUGCAAAUAUUAAAUUAUUUAAUUAUUUCAAAGGACAACUAAAAUAUAACAUAGUUUUGUAUGUUAAUGACUUCAA